AUGGCGUAGGGUUACGCACAAGUGUACUCAGCUAAAUAUUGAAGGAAGGAAGGAGUGUACAACACGACGACAAAUCAGACGCCUCAAUCUCGAUUUAGAAUUUGCCUAACAAAUGUGAUCAUUAAAACUGAUCAAACAAGUUUUGUAUGUUUUUAGUUUUCAGUAGCAGUAUCAAAUCUAUAAGAUCAAGUAAACUUGUGUCCUUGCCAAACCUUUUAUCAUUAAAUAAUACGAUUCAACAGUGAAUCAAAAUACUAUAUAUAUAUUUGUUAUAAAAUAGAAUUGUUGAAGUUUAGCAACGUUUAAAUUAAAAAAAAGUGUAUAUAUAGGUUAAUCAAAUUUAAAAAUUUGAACGUUAAAAAAACAAUUUAUUUUCCAAGAAAAAAAAAUUGACCAUCUUCCAUCUCCGCGUGCCUGGCCAUGGCGCGGUAAACGUUUCAAUUUCGUCGAUUUCAGUCCUAUUCUGGUCAUUAGGAGAGUGAGAUCAUUUAUCUUGUCGCAUCCGAUAAGAGGAACUUUAACUAGUGAGGAUACUAGUUAGUGGAAAUGGCAAGUAAACGGACUGCGACAACUGAGUUAAAUCAUGAUAAUUGGAAUGAGGAGCAGGAGCCAGAGGAAGCUGGAACAUUUGCAAGAGCGACGAAUGCUGAACUCAGGAAGAGAGUUCUAAAAACUGCUAAGCGGGGUAGUUUAUUACCAAUGGAAUUUCAGGAAAGUUCUCUAAAAAGUGCAUUUGAGAACUUUACAGGUUUCAAUACCACUCCUGCAAAAAAUGCCCCAUUCAGUUUUCUAGCUGGUGUAAGCACUAGUUCUAGUACAACCGUUAAUACAACACCAGCAAUGACGUCUGUAAAUUCUAAUAAGAAUGUUGCAAGCAAUGGUGCUACAAAACUCACUGAGAAUGAUGAUGUUAAAGCUGAAGAGACCUCCAAAGCUCAAACAACAUCGAGUGCUGCUACAGACAAACAGGUCUCCAUUGAACAAGCAGACUGUUCUGAACUGACUCGAUUAUACUGUGGAACCAAGAAGAUGAAAAAAAAUUCGUCUGAUUAUCACACAAGGCUGAAGGGACUGAACGAGAGUGUUGCGCAAUGGAUAAAGAGUCAUGUGGACUCGAAUCCGUUUUGUAUACUGACGCCUAUAUUUAAAGAUUACGAAAGAUAUCUGAAGGAAAUCGUAUCGAAAGAGGAGAGUACCAAGGCGCAGACUACCUCGCUCACCACAGAACCCAUGUCGAAAGUCGCGCAAAAUGAUAAGAAGGAUGAGAACGCAGAGAAGAAGCCUGAUAAUUUGUUCGGCGGUAAUACGAACGUAACCACGAAAUCGCCUUCCUUAGGUGGAGCCGAAUGGAAACCUGAGAAAUCAGUUUUCUCUAAUGUUACUCCAAGUACUAAAUCAAUAUUCGGCGCCUCAGAACAAAAGGCUGAGAGCCCUAAAACUCUCUUCAGCAAUACCGAUGUGACUUCCGAAGUGCGCAAACCGAUAUUUGGAAAUUUAGAAACGAACACAUCUGGUAAAAACAUAUUCGGUAACGUGAGUGUGGAAAACAAUCCGUUCUUGCAAAAACUUCCCAUCGUUCCGGACAGCAAAGCAGAGGAGGAACAAACCAAGUCCGACACGAAGCUUGCAGCUCCUACUUUUCCAUCUUCCACUUUCAGUUUUGGUCAGAGCUCUGCUACCAGCAACGUGACCGCUGGAUUCAGCUUUGGCAGCGGGAAGGCGUUCACUUUUGCUGCUUGUCCAAUCAAACCUCAACAGGAUCAAGAAGAGAAGACAGACAAUGAUAACAAGGAUGAAGAUGAUGAAGAGCCACCAAAACCAGACUUUAAACCAGUAACUGAAGAAGGUGCAAUUUAUGAGCAGAGAUGCAAAGUGUUUGUGAAGAAAGAUGGCAAUUUCAGUGACAGAGGUGUCGGUAUGUUAUUUUUAAAACCAACACCAAACGGUAAAACACAAUUGAUAGUACGUGCCGAGACAGCAUUGGGUAAUUUGUUACUCAAUACCUUGUUAACUCAAAGCAUACCGAUCAAGCGUAUGAACAAGAACACGAUAAUGUUGGUCUGUCUACCAAUGCCGGACUCGCCACCGCCACCGGUCCCAGUACUAUUAAGAGUGAAAACUAGUGAGACCGCGGAUACUCUAUUUGAAACACUGGAUAAACAUAUAAAAUAGACAAUAUAAUCUUUCGCUUUCUCUCUCUCUCUUUUACGCAACUUCAAUCAUGUGAGAAGUGAUUAGGAUUGUUAUCGAGAAUGUAAUAUUCUCGUAAAAUAUAUAAAUAAAAAAUGUAAAGUGCUACUCAAACUGACUCGAGAAUUAACGAAUGUUUCAAAUAAGUAAUGUAAUAGAAUUAUUUAGCCGCAAGUGUUGCCUCUUUUACAACUUCAAAGUUACAAUGUUUUUAUUAGUUCAAUAUCAAGCUUGAAUUUAUAAAUAGCACGUCUAUAUCUAUCAAUGAGCAAUAUAUUAAUUAGAGGUUUUACCAAACUAUUUAUCAUUCCACAAAAAAUGUAAAUUUUGUAGUUUUUCCCAGAAAAAAAACAUAAAUACUACCACACAACUAACAUGAACUGAACAGAGAAAUCUCUUUACUAAUAAGUGAUGUAUUUCCCUGCUGUUGUUUUGACAAAAACUGUACAAAAAUGUAAUUAAUUUUUUUUCUGUUUAAUAAGAAAUGCAAUUUUCGAUCAUUUCUAAAAGGAUAUCUCGAUUUAUAUAUAUGAUACAUGAAAUAAGCAUCACUUUGUAUCAUUGAUGUAAUAAUAAUACAUUGGAAAUAUAUGUACAUAGCGAAGAUACAUAUAGAGUGUGAUAUAAACCGACUAUAUAUGAGAUUCAAUAUUUGACAAGUUAUAUUUACAAUGACUAUUAAAAUAUUCUGUAUUGUUCUUAUAAUUAAUUUUAAAUGCACAAAAAUUAUAUUUAUUAUAAAUGCGAGAAAAAGGAAAAGCAUAUAUUACUUUUUUUUAUUUUACACAUCAAAUACUUAUCAAGAUACCUUUUUACAAAAUGAAUUAAUUUCUCGACGUAUUUAUGACGGUCAACGUAUUAAAGGUGUGAAAAUAUUCAAUAAUAUAACUUUACUAAUAUUAUAUUAAAUAUUGAAUAAAAUUUAUGUAGUUAUAUUGUGAUAGGUUGCACAAUCCUGAAUGAUUAUUCAGGAUGAGGUGAUUCAUUUUACAAUUUGUAACGGUAUCCAUAAAUUAUUUUACUGUUAACAUGCUUACGGUUACACGGAGAUUGCGGUUACACUUAAUGAAAUUAUUCUUGUUUUGAAA